AUGUGCACAUCACACAGAGUAACACAGAGUCACACAGAGUCACACAGAGUUACACAGAGUCAUGUGCACAUCACACAGAGUCACACAGAGUCAUGUGCACAUCACACAGAGUCACACAGAGUCACACAGAGUCAUGUGCACAUCACACAGAGUCACACAGAGUCACACAGAGUUACACAGAGUCAUGUGCACAUCACACAGAGUCACACAGAGUCAUGUGCACAUCACACAGAGUCACACAGAGUCACACAGAGUCAUGUGCACGUCACACAGAGUUACACAGAGUCACAGAGAGUCACACAGAGUCAUGUGCAGAUCACACAGAGUCACACAGAGUCAUGUGCAGAUCACACAGAGUCACACAGAGUCACACAGAGUUACACAGAGUCAUGUGCACAUCACACAGAGUCACACAGAGUCAUGUGCACAUCACACAGAGUCACACAGAGUCACACAGAGUCAUGUGCACGUCACACAGAGUUACACAGAGUCACAGAGAGUCACACAGAGUCAUGUGCAGAUCACACAGAGUCACACAGAGUCAUGUGCAGAUCACACAGAGUCACACAGAGUCAUGUGCACAUCACACAGAGUCACACAGAGUCAUGUGCACAUCACACAGAGUCACACAGAGUCACACAGAGUCACACAGAGUCAUGUGCACAUCACACAGAGUCACACAGAGUCAUGUGCACGUCACACAGAGUCAUGUGCACAUCACACAGUCACACAGAGUCACACAGAGUCAUGUGCACAUCACACAGAGUCACACAGAGUCACACAGAGUCAUGUGCACAUCACACAGAGUCACACAGAGUCACACAGUCAUGUGCACAUCACACAGAGUCACACAGAGUCACACAGAGUCAUGUGCACGUCACACAGAGUCAUGUGCAGAUCACACGUGAUGUGCACGUCACACAGAGUCAUGUGCUCGUCACACAGAGUCAUGUGCACGUCACACAGAGUCACACAGAGUCAUGUGCACGUCACACAGAGUCAUGUGCUCGUCACAUGAAUGAACUGAGGGAUACAAGCGUUUGUGCCAACACGUGGCUUCUAAUAAAAUAG